CCACUGUCGACAGCUGUACGUAGUACUAACGUUACAUGACUUAUGACAUCGUGGUGUCAAGCUCCAACGCCAACUCUUCCCAAGCUUCCCUCGCACUGCUCGUGGUCCCAACACCGCGUCGAGUGUCGCGCCGCCGCCCACGAACGUGCUGCGUGCGUGUCUCACCCCGACGCCGACGACGACGACGCAUCGCGUGCACGCUGACAGCAAGCAUCAUGUCGUCCACAACGGGAAGCAUCCUCUCGCUGCCCUUCAGGCGGUCGGCGCAGAUGUCGCUCGCCGACACGGUCCGCGGGUACAUCAACGACAAGUACGACCAGCAUCCGGACAUGUUCCGUGCCGACCUCGAGACGGUGGACGCGCUGCGCCGCGAUGCCGUCAACGUGCGCGAGGCUCAUCCGAGCGGCGUGCGGAAGCUGCAGGCGUGGGCAGGCCAGCUGGCUUGGAUGGGGGGCAAGUUUCCCAUUGACGUGAGUGCCCGCUCCCCGACGCGGCUGGAGCCCAGCUCGCCCCCAUCCGGCCAUGCGCGAUGCUGACCGCCCACUCGACAGAUAGGCGCCGAGUUCACCUGGUAUCCCGCGCUGGGCUACAACACUGAACGCCCGAUGGUGCGCAACAACCUCAAGUACGAGCUAAUCAACAUUCUCUACAACCUCGCUGCCCUCUACUCCCAGCUGGCCGUCAACACCCCGCGGUCCACGCCCGAGAACCUCAAGGUCGCUGCGCACAACUUCAACCUGGCCGCCGGCGUCUUGUCGCACAUACAAAAGAGCAUCCUCCCCGAGCUGCGCAUGCCCGACCCGCCCGACGACAUGGAUGACAGCACGCUCGAGGCCCUCGUGCAGCUAUUCCUCGCGCAGAGCCAAGAGUGCAUGUGGCAGAGCAGCGUGCUGCGCGACCUCAAGGACCUGAGCAUCGCCAAGUUGGCCGCGCGCGUCUCCGAUCUCUACAACUCGGCGGCCGAGGCCGCUAUGCGCAGCGAGGCCAUCAGCAGCGCCUGGAUACACCACAUGACGGCAAAGCACCACCAUUUUGCCGCCGCCGCCCAGUACCGCGCCGCAAGGGACUGCCUGGAGAAGCGCAAAUACGGCGAGGAGGUGGCGCGGCUUCAAGACUCUGUCGCUUGCCUCGCCGAGGGGCUCAAGGAAACGAGGGGCGGGUACAUCAACAAGAUGAUUGUGGAUGACCUGAAUGCGCUUAAGAGGAAAGCCGAGGAUGAUCUGAAGCGCGCCGAAAAGGACAAUGACAUGAUCUUUCUGAAUCCCGUGCCGCCCAAGUCGGACCUCAAGAUCCUCGACCGCUUCAACAUGGCUGAGGUCAAGGUACCACCGCAGGUCGCAAACCCGUUCGACUUUCUCGGCGAACAUGCCGAGUUUGGGCCGGCUCUGUUUUCGCGCCUCGUACCGUUCUCGGUGCACGUUGCCACCUCUAUAUACGAGGAACGCAGAGAUCGCAUGGUCAACCAAAACAUCAUACAGCAGCUGGAGUCGCUCACUGAGAAGAUGCACAUGACCGUCUCCUCGUUCGGCUUGCCGGGGUCGUUGCAGGCCUUGGAGAAGCCGCUCGGCCUGCCGCCCAGCUUGGUGCAGCACGCAGAGGAGCUGCGGCAGGGCGACGCCAUUGGAAGAGUGCAUAGGAGUCUAGCGGAUAUUGACAAGUUGCGCGCGGCCGAUCUUGCCAUCUUCGAAGAGGGCAAGUCGGCGCUGAGCACUGAGCAGGAAGAGGAUGAGCGGCUUCGAAGAAAGUACGGGACCGAACGAUGGACGCGGCCGGCUGGCCAGAACGACCCCCAGGGAGCGAAGCUCUGGGGCCACGCCAACGAGAUUGAGGGCUACUUCCAGAGCAGCUUGAGCAGCGACGGCAUCGUCAAGGAGAAGUUUGCGUCCACGGAGGACCUUCUACGCGUGCUCUGCGGGCCGGAUCGGGGUCUGAUGGAAUUCGUGCCGUCGAGCACGCAACGGGAGACGAGCGAGGAACUCAAGGCGUCCGUGAACCGCCUGCGGAGCGCGUACAACGAUGUGCAACGCCUAGAGAGCAAGCGGCGUCGAAAGGUGGAGAGCAUUCGGGAGAGCGCGCGCCGCGACGACAUCAAGCCCGACAUUCUCAAGGAGGCGGCACGCCUGGAACGGACGUAUCCCAACACCGCCAUCGUGCCCGCGCACUUUGAAGACUUUUUCGAGAAGCGGCUCGACAGGCUAUACGAGGCAGAGCUGGAAGCGGUGGACACGGAGGCGGCGCAGGAGCAGGACAAGCUGCUGGCGGCCGUGGAGCGGGCGAACCGCGAGUUUGAGGCCCAGCGGCGCAAGGUGGGCGACCGCGGGCUCCGGGAACGGGAGCAAGCGCUGCAGAAGCUGGACAGCGCCUACUUCAAGUACAAGGAGGUGGUCAGCAACCUCGAGGUGGGGAGGAAGUUCUACAACGAUCUCAACCGCAUCGUGGGCGCCGGCUUCCGAGACGUGGUCAAGGGCUGGGUUGCGCAGCGGCGCAUGGAGGCGCGGGCACUUGAAGAGGAGCUGAGCAUGCCGCCGCUAUCCAACCUCAACCUGUCGCCGGAGGGGACGGGGACCCCGCCAGCGGCAUACGGCGCCAAUACGCAUUCGUACUUUCAGCCCGAGCCGGUCGCUGCCCAAAGCCCGUUCCAGAGGCAGGCGCAGGCGCAGCAGCAGCAACAUAACCACCACCACCAUCAGCACCAGCAACCGACGCCUCUCGCCGGGGCGGUGAACCCGGCGGCGUCGAUCCAGUCGUGGGCUGCAGCCGCGGGGGCAGGAGACACGGUGCAACAGCCCCAACCGAUGAACCCGGCGGUGGUGGGAGCGGCAACAGGGGGCGGCACGGUAUGGAGCCCGGCCAUGGGCAUCAGGUUUGGGAGCGGCGGAGGCAGCGGCGGUGACGGGCAUGGCCAGACACAGCACGGACGGGGACAGCCGCCGACGAGGGGACAAGGGACCUGGAAUCCCAACGGCGGCAUCAAGUUUGGGUGAAGACCGUGCGUGACGCACGCGAGUUGAGACGGCCAUGGCGUUGAGUUGAGCUGAUGCCGGUAGCACAGAGGGAACUAACGACGCAUCUUGGCUAACCCAGCCAGGCACAGAGAGGUGUCUU